GCCAAGAAAGCACCCAAGAACUCUCUUCUCUCGUAACUUCCUAAUUAACCACCAAAAUGUUCAAGAUUGCCAUCUGUUUGUUGGCCCUGGCCAGUGGAGCUCUGGCCGCCAGUAUUGGCCAGGUCGUAAGCAGCACCACCGAGAAGCGGGAAAUCAUUCCCGUGCUGAAAUUCGAGACGGACAAGCAGCCCGAUGGAUCCUUCCACUUCAGCUACGAGGGCGGUGACCAGUCCAUCCGUCAGGAGCAGGGUGUGAUCGAGAAUGCCGGCACCGAGGACGAGGCUUUGGAGGUCUCCGGAAUGUACAGCUAUAUCGACGCCAAUGGUGACACAGUGGAGGUUCGCUACACCGCCGGCAAGAACGGAUUUGUACCCAUUGGCACUAUCAUCCCCAAGGAAAUCACCGCAUUGGCCAAGGCUGCUGCCGAUCUGCCCAAGUAUUCCAAGGAGGACGAGCUGCAGUUCCGCAGGGCCCGAUCCCAGGAACUGGAAAAGAAGGCGGCUGCUGUGGAGAAGGAAGUCGCUCCCGUCGAGAAGGAGGAGCCUGUGGUUGCCAAGGAAUCGGUGAAGGUAGAGAAGUCCGAGCCUCUGCCCGCCGCAUCCCAGGUGGUGCCCGUCCAGGUGGUCCUCGAUGCCGCGCCAGAAGCCGAGAUCAAGGCUGCCGUCGAGGCUGCGAUCGAGAAGAAGGUGGAGACCAAGACUGCCUAAGCUUUCCUAGACACUAGACUACUUAAGUAUUGUUUAAUUUAAAACCAAGUGCGAUCUAAUUUAACUGGCUAGCAAUAAAACGAUUCCCUAUCUAAA